GGCUUUGCGAACCGUCCGCCGUUUCCUUACAGCAGAGGAGAGGAGGUGGUGUCGAGAGACUGGGAACAUUUAGGAACAUCAUAACCUCAAUCAGCUCCACUAUACGAUGAAAUUAACUUCAUUUAUGCCCGCCCACGAACUCCACUACUUUACCUUACUCCUGGUAACCGGACUGUACACUCCAGUGCAGGGAGAGAUUACCAGUCUGGAUGCAGGAAACAUUGAUGACAUACUUAAUAAUGCCGGGGUGGCUUUAGUCAACUUUUAUGCAGACUGGUGUCGGUUCAGUCAGAUGCUGCACCCUAUCUUUGAAGAAGCUUCUAAUGUGGUGAGGGAGGAGUUUCCAGAGGCAACACAGGUGGUGUUUGCCCGGGUGGACUGCGACCAACAUACUGAUAUAGCACAGCGCUACAGGAUAAGCAAGUACCCCACUCUGAAGCUCUUUAGAAAUGGGAUGAUGAUGAAAAGGGAGUACAGAGGACAGAGAUCAGUGACUGCCAUUGCUGACUUCAUCCGCCAGCAGCAAGUGGACCCUAUCUCAGAGAUCCAGAACUUGGAGGAGUUCAGCAAAAUAGAUAGAACAAGACGAACCAUUAUAGGCUACUUUGAACAGAAGAAUUCAGACAAUUACCAUACUUAUGAAAAAGUGGCCAACAUCCUGAGAGAUGACUGUGUUUUCAUGGCAGCAUUUGGUGAGGUAUCUAAGCCUGAGAGGUUCAGUGGUGAUAAUGUUAUCUAUAAGCCAAUAGGAGAGAGUGUUCCUGACAUGGUCUACCUGGGUUCACUAACAAAUUUUGACCUCAUUUACGCCUGGGCACAGGACAAGUGUGUACCCCUUGUCCGAGAGAUCACCUUUGAGAAUGGAGAGGAGCUGACAGAAGAGGGCAUUCCAUUCCUAAUUCUGUUCCAUCAGAAGGAUGACACGGACAGUCUGGAGAAGUUCCAACACGAGGUUGCUCGCCAGCUGAUCAGUGAGAAGGGCUCUAUAAAUUUCUUGCAUGCUGAUUGCGAUAAGUUCCGGCAUCCUCUGUUGCACAUCCAGAAGACUCCUGCCGACUGCCCUGUCAUUGCCAUUGAUAGUUUCCGCCACAUGUAUGUCUUCCCAGAUUUCGCCGACCUCUCGGUUCCUGGAAAACUGAGGCAGUUUGUGUUGGACCUUCACUCUGGAAAGUUGCAUAGAGAAUUCCACCAUGGUCCCGACCCCACAGAUAGCACCCCAGGACAGCAGGAGGAGAACAAAGAGGCGGCCAGUAGUCCUCCAGAAAGUUCUUUCCAGAAGCUGGCCCCCAGCGAGACACGUUAUACCAUCCUCAGGGACAGGGACGAACUGUGACCUCCAACUAACAACUGCAAUGCUACCGUAUCAUCACUCAGCCCAAAACCCAUGCGGUCAGCACUGCUGCUGCGUCACCUCUAUUUUCAUAACUUUUAUUUUGGAUAAAAAAAAAAGCGAGAAAAGGAGAAUAUCUGAAGGUUUUUUUUUUUUUUUGGUGGGAUGGGGAAAGAAAGAGGAAUAUUGUUUUUACUUUUACUUUUGGAGCUUGUAAAUAUGUAUGUGCUCUGUGGGUCAGUCUCGUCUAAAUUAAAUAUGGAUUUUUUUUUUUUU